AAUUCACCAGCUCGCCAGCACUUCGAGAACAGCAGGCAAGGAUGGAUGUGGUCGACAGCCUUCUUGUGAAUGGAAGCAACAUCACUCCUCCCUGUGAGCUGGGAAUCGAAAAUGAGACGCUUUUCUGCUUGGAUCAGCCCCAUCCUUCUAAAGAGUGGCAGCCAGCCGUGCAGAUUCUUCUGUACUCCUUGAUAUUCCUGCUCAGUGUCCUGGGGAAUACGCUGGUCAUUACGGUGCUGAUUCGGAACAAGAGGAUGAGAACGGUCACCAACAUCUUUCUGCUCUCACUGGCGGUCAGUGACCUCAUGCUCUGCCUCUUCUGCAUGCCAUUCAACCUCAUCCCCAACCUGCUCAAGGAUUUCAUCUUUGGGAGUGCCGUCUGCAAGACCACCACCUACUUCAUGGGCACCUCUGUGAGUGUAUCCACCUUUAAUCUGGUUGCCAUAUCUCUGGAAAGAUACGGUGCGAUUUGCAAACCCUUACAGUCCCGGGUCUGGCAGACCAAAUCCCAUGCUUUGAAGGUGAUCGCCACGACCUGGUGCCUCUCCUUUACCAUUAUGGCUCCGUACCCAAUUUAUAGCAACCUGGUGCCUUUUACCAAAAAUAACAACCAGACGGCGAAUAUGUGCCGCUUCCUACUGCCAAAUGAUGUCAUGCAGCAGUCCUGGUAA